AUGGCCGAUUUAGAAGCCAAGCUGACUCCCCUCGAUAUGGACUAUUCCCUUCAGGCUCCCAACAGCGAAGGCAUGGUCCCCGAUAAAGAUGGUCAAGCCUCUUGGAAGCCGAGUGUUGCCGAGGCCGUCGAAACUCUAAAAUUGAAGGGUUGGGCCCAGACGAUGAAAGUUGAGCAAGUCACUAGCGGCAAGACCAAAGACUACGCAGAACUUGUUGGUCGCGUCGACAAGAAGUUCCAAGACUAUUAUGACAAGCUAGGGAGCGACCCUAAGUGGAAAAGAAAACUAAUUGAGACGAACCAACGGACAAACAAGCUAACUGGCGAAAUUGUCGCUCUCCGCCAGCAGGAAGCUGAUGACUGGGUGAUAAAGCAACUGACGCAAGAUGCGGACCACAACAACCCCAAGGUACCAGACGAGGAUAAAAAGCUUGGAAUCGGCUUGAGUCGUGACGAUCUCGUCAUUGAGCGAUACGGACGUUCUUAG